AUGACACUCAACGAAGAUCACAACUGGAAAUUUGCUCAAUGCUUUGGUGACAAGGGCGAUUCAGACGACAUCACUGAAGCCGACAUUAUCUCGACAGUCGAAUUCGAUCACACCGGUGACUACUUGGCGACAGGCGACAAGGGUGGACGUGUUGUUUUAUUUGAAAGAAGCGAUAGUAAAAAAGGCGUCGAAUACCGUUUCCACACCGAGUUCCAAUCGCACGAAGCCGAGUUCGACUAUCUCAAGAGCUUGGAGAUUGAGGAAAAGAUCAACAAGAUCAAAUGGUGCAAACGGCAAAACUCGGCUCACUUUUUGUUGUCAGCCAACGACAAAACCAUCAAGCUAUGGAAGGUGUUUGAAAAGUCAUUGAAGGUCGUUGCUGAAAACAACUUGGGCGAUGGACCCGUUGCACCCACCUCUCAACUGCGCAUUCCAAAGAUGGCACACCAUGACACGAUUGUUGCUGCUGUACCACGACGUAUCUAUGCAAAUGCACACACAUACCACAUCAAUUCCAUCUCGGUCAACUCUGAUAGUGAAACCUAUAUUUCGGCUGACGAUUUGCGAGUCAAUCUCUGGAACCUCGAUAUCUCGGAUCAAAGUUUCAACAUUGUUGAUAUCAAGCCAGCUAAUAUGGAAGAAUUGACCGAAGUGAUCACAGCAGCCGAAUUCCAUCCAUAUCAUUGCAACCUUUUCAUGUACAGCUCCAGCAAGGGCACUGUGAAGUUGUGUGACAUGCGAGAAGCAGCAUUGUGCGACCAAUACGCUCAAGUUUUUGAAUCACAAGAAGAUCCAUCCAGCCGUUCAUUCUUCUCCGAGAUCAUCCAAUCCAUAUCAGACAUCAAGUUCAGUCAUGAUGGUCGAUACAUCCUUUCUCGUGAUUACCUCACAUUAAAGAUCUGGGACAUCAACAUGGAUCGGGAGCCAGUGCAGACUAUCAAUAUUCAUGAUCAAUUGAGAUCCAAGUUAUGUGAUCUUUACGAGAAUGAUUGCAUCUUUGACAAGUUUGAGUGCGUCUUUAGUGGUGAUGACAGCCAUGUCAUGACUGGAUCCUACAACAACACAUUCCAUUUAUACGAUCGUGAGGGCAAUUCGGAUAUCAUGCUCCAGGCGGACAAAUCAGCAUUCAAAGCGAAACGAUUGGGAUCUGCCAAGAACAAGAUGGCUCUUUCACGUGGCAAACCUGGCAUGAUGUAUGGUGACAGCUCAGACUUCAACAAAAAGAUUCUUCAUGCGUCCUGGCACCCACAAGAAAACGUUUUGGCUGUGGCAGCAACAAACAAUCUCUUCAUCUUUACUGACAAGCAACAACAAUAG